AGCAGGUGUCGAUAUCACGGUUCCUCGACACUGAAUCAACCAAUCAAGCGCCAACCACUGCGAGAUUAUCUCAAAUUUUAGCCAUGGCCGACGCGGACAAGGGACUGCCCGUCAGCUGCGAAUGCGGAUACAUUAAGUUCCAAACGCCGUCGUCGAAGCCGCUCGGAACAGCAUGCUGCCAUUGCACAUCAUGUCGAAAACAGUCAGCCUCCUUCUUCGGUACCUCGGUCUACUUCCCGACAAGCCAAAUGUUUCCGCUACCGGCCGAUCUCGAGUCGAAGCUCUCCAUCUUCACCCAUCCAACCGAGAGCGGUAACACCAUGCACUGCUACUUCUGUCCCAAGUGCGGAGUACGCGUUUUCCAUGCUGGCGUGCUCCCUGAUGGUAACAUGCGACCUGUCGUUGCUAUCAAGGGAGGAGUUAUCGAAUCUGGGUUGGAUUGGAAGGAAAUGAAGCCCAAGCAUAUCUACACUCGAUCAGCGGUCAUGGAGUUGCCCGAGGAGUGGGAGUGCUACGAGACCACUGCGCCCGCACAGUAUGGCCCAGCGCCGGGAGACGAUGCCAAAGGCAAGGAGACAAAGGAAGAAUGAACAUAUGAUUCCAGUUUUGUCUAUAAACCAUUGAUGUUCCUACGUGGAGGUUGGAACAGAUGUCAUAGUUAUCUACUCUUGUUUGCGGAUGGGAAUACUGGCGCACCGACAUGUAGUUAUAGGCUUAAUGCAUUGUCCCUUAGACUGCUGCGGUAACUGUUAGCGCACCAUCUCCACUAGCUACAUAUGAGGGUUAGGGUCCUUAG